AUGGCGACUUCGGCGGAGGAAGAGGAGGAGCUGCUCGACGAGCAUCACCGCAUCAACCUCCGGCGGUCGGCGUCGAACGUCACUUCCCAGGUGGCCAUCGUCGGCUCCCACGUGUGUCCCAUCGAGAGCCUCGACUACGAGCUGGUCGAGAACGACUUAUUCAAGGACUGGCGGCACCGCGGCCGCGCCCACAUCAUUUGCUACGUCACCCUCAAGUGGUCCCUCUGUUUCCUCAUCGGCGCCCUCGCCGGUGCCGUCGGCUUCUUCAACAAUCUUGCCGUCGAGAAUAUCGCCGGUUUCAAGUUCGUCGUCACCUCCAACCUUAUGCUCGCCAAGAAGUAUGCGUGGGCGUUUGGAGUGUUUGCGGGGUCGAAUUUCGUGCUCGCGAUGUUCGCGUCGGUCCUGACGGCUUACAUUGCGCCGGCGGCGGCCGGAUCGGGCAUACCGGAAGUGAAGGCCUAUUUGAAUGGCAUCGAUGCGCCGGAUUUAUUCUCGCUGAGGACUCUGGUAGUAAAGGUAGUGGGUUGCAUUGCUGCAGUGUCAUCAUCUCUGCAUGCGGGCAAGGCAGGCCCCAUGGUGCAUGCAGGGGCAUGCAUAGCAUCUACACUCGGGCAGGGAGGGUCCGGUAAAUACCACUUGUCAUGUAAAUGGCCACGAUAUUUUCGGAACGACAGAGAUCGACGGGAACUGGUAACUUGCGGGGCUGGUGCUGGGAUUGCUGCUGCCUUGCGUGCGCCGGUUGGUGGUGUUCUGUUUGCCCUCGAGUCGGUAUCAUCAUGGUGGAACAGUGCCUUACUCUGGAAAGCAUUCUUCACAACAGCUGUAGUUGGUGUUGUGCUUAGGGCACUGAUAGACAUUUGUAACGGUGGCAAGUGUGGGUUAUUUGGAAAGGGUGAGCUGAUAAUGUUUGAUGUAACUUCAGAUACUAUUGCUUAUCACUUGGCGGACCUACCGCCGGUGAUCCUUUUAGGAGUUAUUGGGGGACUAUUGGGAAGCUUCUACAAUUUUCUCUUGGAGAAGGUUCUCCGAAUCUACAAUCUUAUCCAUGAGAAGGGCAUUGGCUAUGAAUUGCUUCUUGCCGCCACAGUUUCCAUACUUACAUCCUGUUGCCUGUUCGGGCUACCAUGGCUUGCAUCUUGUAGACCUUGCCCAGGCGGCCUCUCAGAAGUUUGUCCAUCGAUAGGCAGCGGAUUCGGCAUUUUCAAGAAGUUCCAAUGCCCUCCUCACCAUUACAACGAUCUGGCUAGCUUACUUUUCAACACCAACGAUGGCACGAUUAGAAACCUGUUUAGUGCUGGCACAGAUGCUGUGUUCCAAAAAUCCUCGAUGCUCUUGUUCUUUGCUGCCUCUUACUUCCUCGGGAUUGUGAGCUAUGGUCUCGUUGCUCCUGCUGGCCUCUUUGUUCCACUCAUUCUGACUGGUGCGGCCUAUGGGCGCCUUGUUGGGAUGCUUGUGGGCAAACACUCAACUCUGGACCACGGGCUCUUUGCAGUCCUUGGAUCUGCUUCCGUUCUUGGUGGAUCAAUGAGAAUGACUCUUUCUGUAUGUGUAAUCAUCCUAGAAUUGACCAACAAUCUCCUGUUGCUUCCCCUGGUCAUGCUUGUUUUGCUCAUAUCGAAAACUGUGGCCGACACUUUUAAUGCAAAUAUCUAUGAUAUGAUGGUCAAAUUGAAGGGGCUUCCAUAUCUUGACGCCCACGCAGAACCCUACAUGAGGCAGCUCACAGUCAGUGAUGUGCUCACUGGGCCUUUGCAGAUAUUUAAUGGCGUGGAGAAAGUCGGCAAUAUAGUCCAUGUUUUAAAGACAACAGGUCAUCAUGGAUUCCCUGUUGUAGAUGGGCCUCCUUUUUCCAGUUCACCUGUGCUGUUUGGCCUAAUUCUUCGUGCACACCUACUUGUCUUGUUAAAGAAGAAGGAGUUUCUUCAUGCUUGCACCCUCUCAGGGGUUGAUGCAUCAAAACAGUUCUCUGCUGAUGAUUUUGCCAAGCGUGGCUCUGGCAGGUGCGACAGCAUCGAAGAUAUAGAGCUGACUGGAGAAGAGAUGGAAACGUGCAUUGACUUGCAUCCAUUUACGAACACCUCACCUCACACUGUCGUCGAGACGAUGUCAUUAGCAAAAGCUCUCAUACUUUUCCGAGAAGUUGGUCUAAGGCACCUCUUGGUUGUUCCAAAGUCCUCUUCGAGCCCGCCUGUAGUGGGCAUGCUGACGAGGCAUGAUUUCAUGCCCGAGCAUAUACUGGGGCUGUAUCCUUUGCUGUUGAAGAGCAGAUGGAAGCGUUCAGAAAGUCCACUAUUAUUAAAAUGA